ACUUCCGGUUUCUCAACAAAUUGUAAACAUUGAACAUGUGGAACUUGACAUAAGAGUUCCUGGCUUUACAUCUGCACUUUUUGUCCUUAUUUUGUACAAUGUCAUCUAGGGCAUUGCGCAAACUUCAUGGAAGACAAGAAUUAGAAGGUCUGACCGUUGAUGAUGAAAUAGACGAAGAAGAAUGUCAUGAGAAAACACAGACUGCUGUUGUAAACCCUUUUGCACUGCUUGGAGAUGAUGAAGAAGAUGAUGAAAUUGAAGAAACAAAUGAUAUAGAAAAUGUUGUUCCUAAAGACAUUCCGCAACAAGGUGCAAAGAAAAAGAAGAAGAAAAAGAAAAAGAAGAACAAAGAAAAAGUUGCAGAGAAAUUUGAAAAUGGCGAAAACAUGGAUGAAAUUGAUGCAUCACUGCAGGAAGUUGAAAGAAUUCUUGGUGAAAGUAAAAGUACACACAUACAAGACACUGAGCAGUCAACCGUAACAUCAAGCAUGAAAGCCUUAUUGACUGUAGAACACAAGAAUUUGAACCCAGAUAAUGAGAUGAAAAGAAUUUUUGGUUCAAGAGUUGUUCAAGCUGAAAUGAGUAGACGACAACCAAGAAAUGCACGCGCUAGGAAAAAGGCAACUUGGAUGUCAACUCCUAAAGAUACCUGGCCGCCAAUUGGCAAAAUAGGUUUAUCCAUGACCUUAAAAGAAACUAGAAAUGGUGUCCAGUAUUAUAUAUUUGAGCACAGUAAAGACUACCAAAAAAUUCAGUUCCAGUUUUAUGAGGCUGUCGAAUCUCUAAACCCACAGAAUAUAGCAAAUAUUUUACAAAUACAAGGUUACCAUAUAGAUGCCUUAAUAGCUUUGAGUGAUGUGUUUAAAAUGAGUGAAGAUAUGCAGAUGUCAGCUGAAUUAUUAGAGAGAGCUUUGCAUUCAUUUGAAACCUCCUUCCAUCCACUAUUUAGUUUAACCACAGGAAACUGUAGAUUACAAUUCAAAAUAGCAGAAAAUAGACCUUUCUACUUGACAGUAUUUAAACAUUUAACCUAUGUAGGACAAAGAGGUUGUUACAGGACUGCGUUAGAAUUCUGUAAAUUAUUACUCAGUUUAGACCCUGACAACGACCCUAUGUGCGUUUUGUUAAUGAUUGAUUUUUAUGCCCUGAGAUCUGAAGAAUUUGCAUUUCUAAUCAGAUUAUUUAAUGAAUGGGAGGGCCACAGGAAUCUAUCCCAGUUGCCAAACUUUGCCUUUUCACUGCCAUUAGCAAUGUUUUGUCAGGCAGACAAAAAUGGAGAAGACACAAUACCUGCAGAUAAUCUGCUGCAGAAAUCACUGAUGAUGUUCCCUGGUUUUCUGAUGCCAUUGUUAGAUAACUGUAGUGUUAACCCUGAUUCUGAAGUCUCUAGUCACAGUUUCUUUAGUCCAACAGCUCAGUAUAGCCAAUCGGAUGCUCUGAAACAAUUAAUAUCUUUAUAUGUUGGACGCUGCCAUUCAUGCUGGAAACCACCAGAGGUUUUACAGUGGUUAGAAAGAAAUGUGAAGGUUGUAUUACAAAGAGUUAAUGAUAAGGAUCCUCUUAUGGAGGAAUACAAUAAAAAAAGGAAAACACGGUAUCAAGGAACACCCAGAAACAUUUUACGCCAUAUAUUAUUAUCAGAGAUAAAAGAUGCUACAGCUGCUCUUCCACAGGAUUUGGCUAAUACAACUGUAGUCAGCUAUGACCCAUUACCUCCAACCGAUUCCAUAGCAGCCUAUGAAUCACCACAAAGGACGAGAAGAAUAAAUCAAGAAAGUAGCACAUUAACAAACUUUUUUAGAUCACUGAUGCCUAAUUUUAACCUUGAUGAGCCUGCAGCACCAGUUCAACCAGCCCAGGGGGCAGAAGGCGGGGCACAAAAUCUACGACAAGGAAUGGUGGUAUUAAUGGGUGCAAUGAGAGACUUACUAAAUAACAUCAGACCUGUAGAACACCCAUUUGAAAAUCCUCAGAACGAAGGGGAUAAUCAAAAUAAUGACGAGGAAGGGGAUGAGGCACAGGAUGAUGAAUGGGAUUGAAAGAUACUUAUUCUCUCUUUUGUGGAAUAAUUAUAAAAUCUCAGCAACUACCUGUACUGCAAUGAAUACUAUUUUAAAAUUAAAGAAUUGAUGCUUUUGUAUUAGUAAGAUGUAAAGUCUUAACUUUUACCACUGCUGUAUGUUCUGUAAUGAAUGUAGGACAAAUACACAAGAUGCAUGAUUGUUCUUGGUCAUGUAAAAAAUGUUUGUAUCCAUGUAAGCAAAUGAACUAUUGAACCCUUUAUAUCAGUUGAUUUCAUUGAUACCAAGUAUACUCAAGUCAGAUUUUAGAUAUUACCACAAGAGCUGAAAAGUGUGUUUCGUAAUUCAAUUUUUAAAAUAGAAGAAACCAUGUAAGAAAAAAAUAUAAUAACUUUUUUAUAUCUCCUAUGUUUUAUUGAGUUUAUUUUAAAAACUAAUUCUGAAAGAUGGAAUCAAAGCAAGUUAAGUCUUCUCAUAUAUUUUAUAUAUAACUCAUUGGUCGUGAAAAUAUUCAUUUUGAUAGGUUUGACAUUUAUGAUUCAACAGUUUUUGCCUUUUUACCAUAUUUUAAAUAAAGAUUUUUCUUACUGAUGGUUUAGACUGUCAAUGAACUACUGCUUGACACUUACUAUUUGAGAUAUAUUCAGUACACAAUUGCAAUGUCAUAGCUAAAAAUUAAGAAAAAUAAAAUGUUUUAUUUUGACUUAAAUGAAAUAUGGUUUGUGGAGCAAAUGAAAUACUCCUUUGUGGAAAAGCAAAGAACUGUUUAAAUCAAGUCUUACAAUUUCAUGGGCAAUGAUUUAUAGAUUUCAAUUUAAUUUUAGCAGACUAUUCAAUAGUUCAUUAGUUGUUUCUCUUAAUUUCCCAAACUUGCAUUUAAUAUUUAUUGUUAUAAGAUUUGACAGCUAUGCCAAUAUUUUUUUUAUAAAAUAUUAGGGAAAUUUUGCACAGAUUGUUUUAAAGACCAGAAAUCUGCUAUUAUUUUUUUUUUUUUUUUUUUAGUUAUGUGUUGGUCCAUACCUUAACAUUUCUGCUUUUAUUAUUUGGAGACAACAGGAUACAUACAUAGGUCUACUCUGAAGACUUGCAAAGUUUCUAGUGAAUCUUUUAUGCAUGCAAAAGAAGAUUAUGAUUUACCACAAAAUGUGUGUUAUAUAUCUUUUGAUGAAGGUUAAUCUAGAGAAGUGAAUUUCAAUGUUCUCAAUAUUUUAUUUUUUUGGAAAAUGACGCAGUCAUUGUUCCAUUACUGCCAACCUGAACUUCAUUACAUUUCUCUGCCUACCGCGCUUGGUUUCAUAUUUACUAUUUUACAAACUAACUGGUUUCUGCUUGUAUUCCACUACACUCGAACAAAGUGUUGUAGUUUGACGGGAACCAGUUUAGAAUUUGUAAACUACAAAACGUAAUCGGUUAUUGUUCAUUUCGUUUUGGUGUUUCAUACCAACUUAUAUGGUUUGAAUAAGCUUAAGACCCUUCAAACAUUAAUGUGAUAGGUAUAUUAAGACUGUUUUACAAAAGGAUUGAACUAUUUUACUUUCAAAGUCGUACUAUAGUGAUAUCUGUAAUGUACGGAUUUCCACUCUCACCGGUUAAUUUCUUCUUUUACACAUGCUUUUGAAACUUCCUGUUUAAACAUCGCAAGUUUUAAAAUUGUUUUUUGAGUGAAUUAAACUUAUUUUAACAAUCAUGAACCAUUCCAGAAUCAUUUCAAAGCAGUUUCUUCUUCUCUUUGAUGAUGGAAAAUAGGUUUUCUCAAGAAAAUACUGCAAACGAUCGCAGAGGAAUUGAAACGUACAAGUCAAGUCGGCACCUGGUUAAAUUGGCAUCUAGUCAAAUCGGCACCUAUUUGACGUUAAAUUCGGCAUCCAAUAAUAUUUGUUAUAAUAUUUUCUUUUCAAUUAAUUAAUUACUGUUACCAAGUACAUAGUGAAUAUGUUGUUGUGUAUUUAGGUAAACAACGAAACGAAAGUGAAUAUGUUGUUGUGUAUAAAGGUAAACAACGAAGCCCUUACCAAAGCUGUUGUUUUAACAAUAAGACAACUAUUAAAAUAAAAUGGAAAACUAUGAGUCCCUUUCAAUAAAUCAAACUUUUAUGCCAAAUAAUUAGCAAAUUUAAGGUGUUUUUUUUCAGUAAAGUUUAAACAGCAUUAAACCAACAAUCCUGUAAAAUGCUCAACUGGUUAAAAUAAUGCAGAAAAAUAUCCAAUAUCUCAUGUAUUAAACCAAAUAAUUAUGACGUCUGGCAAGGCUAUUUUUUUUCUGGGACGCCUUCCUACGACAUUCAUAGGAAAGCGUCCCAGAAAAAAUUAAUAUAGCCUUGCGGUCAUAGGAAGGUGUUCCAGAAUAAAAUUAAAAAAGUCUUGACAGACGUAAUAAUUAUUUGGACUACUCAUAUAUAUAUAUCAUUAAAAAUACACCAAAAAAGUCAUUUAGUUGAGAAAAAUAAAUAUAUACAAAAUGUACAUGAACACCCAAAAAUGUGACAGUUAGUAUUUAACUCUUUUUGCUUAAAUACUGAAAAAAAUGCUGGCAAACCCUUUCUUAUUUUUACUCUUUUGCUUAAAACACUGUUAACAAUAUAUAUUUAACAUGGGUGACGAAUUGACUAUAUCAGGUGUCGAUUUUAACCAGGUGCUGAUUUGUCCAGGUGCCAAUUUAACUAGGUGCCGGUUUGACUAGAAUUCUUUGACAAAUGUUUGAAAUUAUCUUAGUUUCAUUAGACCUUUGAUAACAGUAACAAAAAGAUUAUUUACUUAAUAUUUUGUGGGAGAAGGGGGUUCAGACUAUGUGGUAUCAGGUCUGUUUGCGCCCAAUACAUUUUCGCACCCUACACGUUCGCACAUCCGUACCCUACACGUUCGCACAUUCGCACCCUACACGUUCGCACAUUUGCACCCUACACGUUCGCACAUUUGCACCCUACACGCUCGCUUAUUCGCACCCAAGGUCCGUUCGCACUCUACUCAUUCGCGCCCAAUUUUAAUUCAAAUUCAAGUUGAAUAAUUGGAAAAUCAUGGUUGUUGUUUUAAAUUGCUUUGGUGCAAAUACUGAAUGUAUUUAUAGCUUGGUAUUCAUGAGUAAAACAUUGAAGAUUUUAAAGGAAAAACACAAAAGAUAAUUGUUUUUAACAGCUUGGUCCCUUUGAUCUGAAACAACAAAACAAUAAAACAUAGAAACCAAAAUAUAGCAAUCCACUAAUAUAACCAAAACAUGAUAAAAUUUAUUCAACACACAGAAAAAAACAUAGUCAGAAUCUCACUUCAUUUUGAAACAAGUCAAUGAAACACAGUUAUAGCAAUACACUUACCAAAACAUGAGUAAGAGUUAUUCAACACAAAAUAAAACGUGACAAAAUACCACUUUAUUUAGAAAGGAUUAUUAUUAUUUUUAACAAUACGCUAUCCAAAACAUGAUUAAGAUUUAUUCAACCCCCCAAAAAAAUGCUGUCUCACUUUAUUUUGAGACAAUGACAACAAUUAUACUUAUAAGAAAACACUUGCUUACAGAGUUACCAAUUAAGAUUGGGUGCGAACAUGUAGGGUGUGAAAGUGAAGUGAAAGGGUGUGAACAUGAGUGGGCGCAAACGUGAAUGAUAGCGAACGGACCCGGAUUCAGACUAUGUACCAAUGAGAAAUAUACAAGCCUUUCUACGGUAUUUAUUUGUACAAUCCAGGUAGUCUUGACCUAUUCAUUUGUCUUAAAAACCAGCCAGUUGUCACCUUCACUUCACACACACACACAUAUAUACGAAUAUCAAUGAUAUGCUUACGAUACAUGUUGCAUUGUUAAACUAAUUCCGGUAUGUGAAAAUCAAGACUUGCAUAAAAACUAUCCCAAUAUUAGAGACCGUGGCGUCAUUUUUCUUCAGAGCUUUCAGCUCUUUGAUUAUUUAAUUGAUUGCUUUUAAAGAGAAAAAAUAUUUCUAAUUUUCAUACUGCCUCUGUGUAGGUGAGAGUAACCAUAAUUUGAAAUAUUCCUUCUUUUCCCCAAAUUAUUCACUAUUUGCUCCAAGAUUUAUUUAACAUUUUUUUUAAAUUUCACAUACAACUUUUCAACCGUUAACUUAUAUAUAAUUUAUUGAUGCUAAUAAAAGAGUUAUGGCUUCAAAAAGAUAAAAAAAAAAAAUGUUGACAAAUUGAAGUUCAUUGAUUUUACAUUUUAAAAUGGUGAAAGCUAUAUUAUUCAAAACCAUUGACAGCAUGUUUUUACACCUUUUAAAGGAUGAUCUGGGAAAAAAAAACAUGUCACAUGCAGGUGAUGAUAACAUUUACAUCUAAAUAAACUAAUAUACUGAGUAAAAAAGUUGAGCAACUACAGUUCUUUUUAAUUUUAUAUUUUAUUUUUCAAAAAUAUAUUAUACUUCUAAAUAUAACAAUAAAAAUGAAUGAUUGCAUCAAAGAAAAUAAGCCAUAAGGAGAUGCACAUUCAUUCAACAAAAAACUUUGUUUUAAAAACUACAAAGGUCAAAAUGUUUAAUUUAAAGUUUUUUGUAGAAAAAUAUAUGUUGCUCAACUUUAUUUACCCAUUAUACAAACUAAGCAUUUUACUGUUCUAUUACAGCUGGGGUUUUUUUUAGAAGAAGUUUUUAUUUACAUUAAAUUAAUGUUGCUUAGAUACAAAAAGUAUUUAUUUACAUUGAAUAAAGGUUACAAACCAAGA